CCCUGGCAACAUAUUGAAGCUGGCAGUGUGUAAAUAUACAAAGGUCUUAGGUCUUCCUUUAUAUCAGGAUUCUGAUGUCAGGUCACAGUCACAUAGAUGCUUUUCACACCACCAUUAUAGAGUAAUUCAUGGAAUGAGGGGUGACUGGACAGAGAGAGAGGUUUGGAUGGAUUGAUGCAUGGAUGACAGAAUGGUGGACAGAUGAAAGGUUGCUGCUCUGGCAAGAGAUAGUGGGUUCACCCAUCUAUCCAUUAGUGGAGCUUUAACUAACCGAUAAAGGUGUAUUUUUUCAUUAAUUGUUCUUACAGUAGGUGAACUAGCCUCGUGCAGGAUGGACUUGGAUCCCCCACCUGUCCUCUUACCUGUACCUAGUCAAUCAUUAAUGUCUCUAGUCAGACAGGGAUUGUUCAGAUCAACACGGAAAUGACAGGACAAAAGCCUGUGGAAACCUCCCAACACCACAACCUCUCAUCUCCUGAUCCAGGGAAGUUACAAGGCGGACAGAGUGUAGUGCAACAUUACAUAUAGAAUGGGAAGAGGAGCCAACUGUAGCUGGAUUGGACCUGAGAUCCCUCUGUCAUCACAAAUCUUCAGGGUCAUUGAAGAUGAGCUCUGGCUCUUCCUCAUCCCGGCCGGCCUGGCUGUCAUUUUACUGGGGGUAUUUCUGGAGGAGGUCGGUUUCUUCCUGCGCCAUGUUUCCUCAUCCAGACGAAAACAGCUCUACCUGUGGAUAUUAGGAAUGUACCCGGUCUUUGCCUUGACCUCCCUUAUAGCACUGUACGUGCCACGCUCGUCCUCGCUCUGUAAUUUCAUUGCUUCACUGUAUCACUCCAUCACAUUGCUGAAAUUCAUGGGACUGAUCACAGACUUCUUUGGAGGGAAAGCUCGUAUGCUGGCUGCUUUGUCUGGACAGCAGGUAUCUCCAGAUCCCUUCCCCUGUUGCUGCUGCUGCUGUCUCCCAAUGGUGGCCCUAAACAGCAACAGCCGUGGCUGGAUGAUGGCUGCUGUGCUACAACUCUCUGUUGUCCGCAGCAUCUUGUUCUUUGUAACUCUGGUCCUCUGGACAGAUGAACAGUACGACUAUGGUAAUGUGGACUCAGUCAACCCCAACCUGUAUGUGAACGCUAUCAUAUGUGUGUCAACCUUCGUGUCUUUCUACGGUCACCUCCUGUUUUACAAAGCCACUAAGAGUGCUUUACAUGGAUAUGGACUGAGAGCCAAGUUCAUCUGCAUCAUUGCGGUGCUGGUGCUGUGUGGCCUGCAGAGUGGCAUCUUAGAGACCAUGGGUGCUCUGGAGGUCAUCCCCUGCACACCACCCUUCUCUGUCCUGACCAGGUCCCAGUUGAUCUAUCACUACUGUGUGAUUGUGGAGAUGUUCUGCAUUGGCCUGUAUGCCCGCCACACUUUCCGUAAGGUGGAGCUGAGUGUGGUGGAGGAUGUGGAGGGGCCUGUCGGUGUCUGGCAGAUGGAGAAAGCUGUUCAAACAGACGAUGUUCAGAUGUCUGGCCUGCUGUCAGAGCAGGCUCGGCCCAGCCGCUGCCUCGUCAGCACUUCCAAUCCCAGUUACAACAGUAACAGCGAGGACAGCCUGUGCAGAAUAGAGCAUGCACCUCUGGACGGUUUCCCUUUCCCCCAGGCCAGAAGUCAGCAGUCACGCAGGUCAGAGCCAAUGAAGCCCAGUUCUGCAGAGGAACCUGGUGUAGAUCUGACCCGCAUUACUGUCAGGGCUGAUAUUAACUAUCAGGACUCUAAGGAUGUCACUGUGGUUUGACCAGGUAUCGAAGACCUUUAACAAAAUACUGAAUACAGAAGGACUGAAGCCUGAGGACUUGUCUGGAGAACUGCACACCCUGUACCAUGAUAAAUAGGGCUUAAACCAUCACACAUUCUUACCUGACAUAUAGGAAAUUUUGCGAGGGUCUUCAAUUUCCAUCUCCCUCAUUUUUAGCUCACAGUUUUAUGGUUUGAACGCACCCAACUGCACCGAGCUGCUGCAGGAUGAGGAAAUAUUCACCCUAGAUGUGUCUUUUGUUGCACAUUCUUGAUAGUUUUUGUUUUGCAGUUGUUUACUCCACACACAUUAAUUGUGAUAAUUUGUGGAAAAUCAAAGACUUGAUGAAUAAUGUAUGAGAACAUAUAACCUAAGGAUUUCAAAGGGCUAGAAACUGUUGCACCUUGAAAUCCUGUGUUCAUUGCAUCGCUGCAUGCACCAACAUUGCUUCUCCUUGAUCUACUGUGGCUUUGAUUGUACCUCAUUUAUACAUAGCUCUGAACAAAAGUGUCAGCCAAACAAAAAAUCCCAAAUAUAACAGCUUGUACACUGGCCCCACAUUAUUUAUAGUGAAACCAAAAUCAAAUUGCAUCUCUGUUUUUUGUGCUAUAGCAUACAGUAUCUGCUGUGUAAAUCACAUGUCCUGUGCUCUCCUUUAAGAAAAGAAAUUUGCAUUUCAUAUUGUUUUGGUUUCACGAUUGUUUCCCAUGUCCAUGCAUUCACCAGUCACAAUGUCAGGAAUCAGGAAACGUUUAUUGUCAUUCCACAAGUGCAACGAAAUUGUAUUCGGUUACAACCCGUCCCAGAGGACACAAAGGAAUAAAAGACAGUACAAAUAAUUGACAUUGGAAGACAGGGACAGGAGGACCAUGAUGCA